GGCAAGGCCCAAGUGGGCAUUCUCAUGAGUUUCUCCUCUGUGGACAUGUUUCCAGAUUGGUCCUCAUUCCCCUAAAGACAAGCCUGAAAAACCUUAAAACGGGUCACAUGAUGGAUGAGUCAGAUGAUGAUUUCAAAGAGCUCUGUGCCAGCUUUUUCCAAAGGGUGAAAAAAAAUGGAGCCAAAGAUGUGUCAGGAGAGAGAAGGAAGCAGAAGGCAGCUGGCAGCACCCAGAAAAGAGGCAAGCUGAAAGAAGCCACACAAGCCGCCACCAGGAGCAAAACCCUUCAAGACAAGAAACCUCGUUCAGGCAGCCAGGCCUCUAGGACUAAAAAGCAAGGGGCACCUAAAUCCCAAGAAGGGGACCCAGCUCUCCCUGUGAAUGGAAAGGGAGCUGUCCUUGCUCCUACCCCACAGCCUGUGUUGCGUGAAAGAGCACAGAGCAUUCAGACAGAGAGUGCUCCCAAUGGCGACUCCCUGCCCCUUCCAUCCUGUUUCACUACGACUGGUGUGCCAAGUCCCUCCAAACCCAGAGCCUCAGAGCUGGUUCUCCAACGGAUGAAACAGUUCAAGAGAGCAGACCCUGAGCGCUUGAGACAUGCUUCAGAAGAGUCCUCCCUAAAGAUCACGUUAGAAGAAAAUGUCCCAAGGAACCCUCAAGAGGAGAUGGUAGUAGAGAACGAGUAUAAGCCCAGGCUCCAUGCUACAGACAGUGAUGCUGCUAUGGCCCUGGCCUUACAGCAGGAGUUCAGAAGGGAGGAAGCAUCUUCCCAUCAUGACAGCUUGGAGGAGAAGGGGUUGUUCUUCUGCCAAAUGUGUCAGAAAAACCUCUCAGCAAUGAAUGUGACGCGGAGGGAGCAACAUGUGAACAGAUGCCUUGAUGAGGCGGAAAAGGCGCUGAGUCCUGCUCCACCUCAGAUCCCUGAUUGCCCAAUAUGUGGCAAACCAUUCCUCACCUCCAAGAGCAGAAUCAGUCACUUGAAGCAGUGUGCAGUGAAGAUGGAAGUAGGCCCCCAGCUCCUGCUCCAGGCUGUGAGGUUACAGACAGCUCAGCCUGAGGUGGGCAGCAGCCCUCCAGUACCCAGCAACCAUGUUGGAGGUUUAAAACGGAAAGGAGCCACCAUCAAGAAGAAACCACAGAAGAGGUGGAAGGCCGACAAGCCUGAGGCUCCGUCUGAAGAUCUGCUGGUGGCCAUGGCUCUGUCUCGCUCCGAGAUGGAUCAGUGUCCAGCUGAGCCCCCACUCAGGCUGGAAAGUGCUUUUUCUGAGAAGAUAAGGCUAGGUGCAGAGAAGAAAGGUCGCAGGAAGAAGCCCCUGGUGUCCCCCCCGCAGUUGUUAACCCAGGACUCUGAGACCACAAGUAGACAGAUUGAGGACCGUGUGGCCCAGCUACUAUCAGAAGAAGUGGAGCUGUCCCACACCCCGCCACUUCCUGCCAGCAAGAUUUUUAAGGAAGAAUUAGAACAUGCAGGCUGGCAUCUGCAGCUGCCUGAAGGAAAGCGGAAUUUUCUGUGGGAAUGCAGCACCCUCACAGGAGCCUGGGCUGAGGAGUCCUUCUAUACAGUGGGCCUGGUUCCUCCAAUUGUGUCCCAACGGCCCAAGGUGAGCCCUGAACAGGAGCUGUCACUGCCCAAGCAGCAAGAGCCAAGUACACAAAGGCCACCUGCUUUCCACAGCAGCCCUCCCAUGAGCCGCAGCCCCAAGAACCAGCUGCUGUCCUCCAGUCAGAGGGAGCAUCAAGCUCUUCAAGAUCUUGUGGACUUGGCAGUGGAGGGGAUGAGCGCCAGCCCAUUGCCCAGCAGUCUGGGAGUACUUGCAGGGUUGGAUUCGGAUCCCAGCAGCCUUCCACUGACUGGGUUUGUCCUGCCAUCUAAGAAGACUCUUCAGAGGAGUGACCAUGCCUCACUCUCCUCGCUUGGUUUGCUGGUGUCUGACUUUGGGACAAUGGUUAAUAAUCCACACCUGAGUGAUGUUCAGUUCCAGAUUGACAGCGGAGAGGUGUUUUAUGCCCACAAGUUUGUUCUCUAUGCCCGAUGUCCACUUCUUAUUCAGCAUGUAAAUGCUGAAGGCUUCUCUGCUGUGGAGGAUGGGGAUCUGACCCAGCGCAUCCUGCUGAGAGAUGUGAGCUCUGAGGCCGCCCAGGCAUUUCUGAACUAUCUCUACAUGGCAGACACUGACGUACCUCCCAGCCUGGCUCCUGAUCUGCGUUCCCUGGCCCUAAGAUUUGGUGUGAGUGACCUUGUUCACCUAUGUGAACAAGUGCCUGUCAUGAUGGACUUGGAGGGAGAGCGACAGGAGGAGAAGGAAAAUGAGAAUUGCGAAAGCAGAGCAGAGAAUUUCCAAGAACUCUUGAGGUCAGUGUGGGUAGAUGAGGAGGAGGAAGCAGAGAUGCUGUUAAAACCUGAGGUCUGUGAGGAAGACAGAGAAAAGGUGAAUGAAGCAGAAAUGGAAGAAAUUUAUGAAUUUGCAGCCACUCAGAGGAAGCUGCUCCAAGGGGGGAGCACAGCAGACACAGAUGAGGAUGCUAACCAGCUCGGGGAGGUCAGUACAGUCUCUGAGCCUUCCCUAGCAGGUGCCCAGAGUAACAGACGUACAGAGCAGAUGGAGUCAUCUGGGCUGGUCGGCUGGGAAAAUGAAAGAGAUUCCAUUCCACCCCAGGGCCAGCGCUCGGACUGGGGAGAGAAAGCAGGCACCCAGGAGGCGCUAAGGGAAGCAGCUAGCCAGCCCAGCUCCUGUAGCCCUUCUGAGAGCCACCAGGUGAGUGAGGGGUGCUCUCCUUUGCAUCCCACCAAGGCCCAUGACUACAAACAGCUCUUUGCAUCAGCUCAAAGAAAAUCAUCUGAACUGUCAAAAAUAGCAAUUGGUCGUGAAGAGCAGAGUGACACUGUCCGUGAGAGGCCUGCAGAGGCAGCCCAUUCCCCUGCCCUAGAGCAAGCACCCUGCUUCCUCCUGCCACAGUCUCCUGUAGGUGGAAGUCCCGGCCAGUCACAGCUUCAUCUAUAUCACACAAGCGGUUUGUCCCCGUCAGCGUCCCAGUCGCACUGCAGCAUUUCCAAGGUGGCAUCCCCAAGCUCACUGUCUCCGGUCACACCAGCUAAGCAGAGAAGGGACAGUAGCGUUCUCACAUCAUUGAAAGAACCAGGCCACCAGAAAGGCAAACGAAGCAGAAAUAGGGGCAUCCUGACUUCCCCAGCAAAGUCUCCACCCAUUGACCUGACCCAGUCCGUACCUGAUCACUUGAGUCCCAGGUCCCAGAAUCCUCUGUGUCACGUGAAGAAAGAGGACGAGGUUAUCCUUUUACUGGAUUCAGAUGAGGAGCUGGAACUAGAGCACAGCAAGACAAAGUUAAUUUCUAAAGAGUCCCCAGAAGGAAGGAGAAUUCUAGAAGUUAGCCCCAGUUCCUCUGAACUGUUUUCAGUCAUCGAUGUUGAUGAAGAGCAUUUCCAAAGCCCACCAAAGAGAGAAGCCGGGCUACAGAGGGAAGAGGAGGAACAGCUGGAAAGCCAGGCCACCCUGCAAAGCAGAGCGAUCCCCUGGCUGUUCUGCAGCCAGAAGAACAGCCUGGAGGAGGACAGCACUACAGACACCUCCUGGCUGGUGCCUGCCACUCCGGGGCCCUGCCAGAGCCGUGAUUGCUCAUCACAGACCCAAAUCUUAAGCCUUAAGGCCAGGAGCCCACCAGACGAGACUGUCCAGCACACACCCAGGCCUUCCAUAGAUUGCAGGACUGUGCAAGAAGCAUCCCAGAAUCUCUCAGUGAUCAUGCCACAUAAACUGCCUGUUACUCAAGGACCUCCCGACAGUGGGAGACUGGCCUACAGAAGCCCUUCCCAUCCUUAUCCUAGGUGCCACAAACAUUCUUCUCUACAGCCAUGUCCUACCCCCAAUUUUGCCAGGUUGCCCCCGAAAAUCUCAUCGCCUGGGCCAUGCCUGCCAGACCAGGCUGCAGCUGAUGAAGUAGUAGAAGUUGGGGACAGUGAUGAUGAGCAGGAGGUGGCUUCCCAUCAAGGAACCAGCAGCCCUGUGCUAGAUGGUGACCCCCCAGUUCCCAUGGGUGACUGCUGUUGGCAUGAUGAGCCCCUCUCACCAAUUCCAAUUGACCACUUGAAUCUAGAGCGGACUGGCCCCCUGACCACAAGCAGCCCCGGCCGUCAGUCCCAGGAGGCUCUUCAUAGUCGUGAUUGCCACUCCCCAGGACUCCUGGGCACCACUCCGAUCCGAGGGCGCUAUGGUGCCCUGAGAGGGUCUCCUGAGCAGUCUUCACACACUGCCUCUCCAGGGAACAGCAAGCUGAGCUUCAUGAGCCGGGCUCUGUGGGACGACUGGGGUGAGGAAGAGCAACACUCUCCAGAGGCUCCACCUGUGGCCCAAAUUCUGAGCACCAGAGCUUGCAAGCCAGGCAGCCCAGAGACACCAAAAGGUGCUAACCGGAAAAAGAACUUGCCUCCUAAAGUGCCUAUAACUCCAAUGCCAAGGUAUUCAAUCAUGGAGACCCCAGUGCUGAAGAAAGAACUGGACAGGUUUGGAGUCCGUGCUCUGCCCAAACGCCAGAUGGUACUAAAACUGAAGGAGAUUUUCCAGUACACUCACCAGACUAUGGAGUCAGACUCGGAGAAUGAGAUCCAGUCCUCCCAGGUGCCCCCGGAGGUACCUUGCAGCCAGGCCCCUCCCAUUGAGACCUUCAAGCCUUCAAGGUUGCCAGCUGGGGAGCCGCCUUCAGGCCCUGAUGGGGAUGCCUCACUCCCAGCCUCCCAGGAAUCCUUGGCUACCUCUGUGGAUGGCAGUGACAAAUCCUUUAGCUCUCAAAGUUCCUCCUGUGAGUUUGGAGCUGCCUUAGAGUCUGCAGGUGGAGAGAAGGACGAAGAGGAGGGGGUCAGUGCGUCACAAGUUGCCCUCCAGGCCGCAGACACGGAGGAGGCCGUGAGACGCUACGUCUGCUCCCAGCCUGCCCUGUAUAGGAAGGUACUGACGUACCAGCCUCUUGAGCUGGCCGAGCUACAGGCAGAGCUGAAGCAGGAGGGCAUCCCUGUGGCCAUGGGCAAGCUGCUGGACAUCCUCGAUGCACAGUGUGUCACCUUUACAACUGCUGCAGCCCGAAAGGAGAAGCAGAAACAGAAGAGACGGCAGCCCCUGGGCAGAAAGAAAAAGGACCAGAAAUGACAGGCUUUCUGCCAGAGGGCCUGGACACCCAGUGCAAGUCAGGCCUCUGUGGGUAUGUCUCAAUAUCAGCCUGCGUCUCUGUAAAGGACAACAUCCCCAGCAUACUCUUUCUGUCCUGGGCUCUACCAACUCUAUGUGUCACCCCUGGAUUUCCAUCCAGGUCCCCCCCCCCAGUCAGUGCCAGUCCCCCCCACCUUGGCCCAAGCAGGAUCCUGUCUUAUGUGUUCUGAGAGGCAGUGGGCCAUACCAGCUGACCAGGGCAAGAGCCAAGCCUUCUUCACUUGCCAUUCUGUGUCUACUACACCCAAGCACAGCUGUCCUAGUAGUAUAUUGUGAGAUGAUCAUAAGGCCCAGCCUGCCUUCUCAGCAUUUGAGCCACCCCAGCCACCCCAGGGCAGCCUGCACCACUCCUUCACAGGUGCUCUUCUGACCUAGUGCCUGCCCAGAUACUUGUCACCGUCACCAGCAUUUUCUAAGCAGGACUAUGAAUAAGGCCCAGCACAGCUAUGAAGACCCCCUUCCCACCUCCAAAAGUAAGCAUUGCUGUUUGUGGGCUCCUCCCAUGUGUGUUAAGCCUCCUUGACCCGGGAGCAGUGUGGAUCCUGGGGAGGGCCAGAAAAGAAGUUUGGGUUUCCAUAGCCUGCAAAUAUCCUUGUCUGUUUUAAAUACAGUGAAGUUGUUUUAUAUGAGUGCAAUAAAAAACAAGGCUUUAUUUAAAAUAAACAAACAAAUAAAUCUAGAUGUUC